AUGGCUUCCAAUGCAUUUGAUGAUCAGUAUGAGGGCCGUAUCCAAGAAACGGAGGGAAAAGCUCCCCAGCUAUUAAAAGAAGAACUGAACAUGAAUAUGCAAUUAAAAUAUGAGUCGGAAAAAGCCCAGAAAUACUGGAAGGAAGUAAAGAACAAAAUAAACUCUCCAGAAAAUAUCAGUGAUUUCCAUGGUACAGUUCUAGUGGCCUACCCAGGGGAAAUUUCACAAGAUUUUAACACAGCUGUGAGAUAAUUCCGUCAAAAUUCAGAUAAGUUUCAGUAUAAUGCCUUCCAUUAUUACUUGACAAGAGCUCUUCAGCUUCUCAAGGAACAGAAUUGUCACAACGUUUAUAGAGGCACUGGUACCAAAUUUUAUUACAAUGGGAAAGGUAGUGUACAGUUUGGGCAAUUUACAUCAUCAUCUCUGAAUGAAAAAAUAGCUCUGAACUUUUCAGAGGAAGGUGGAACACUGUUUAAAAUCAAGACCUGUUUGGGUGUUGAUAUCAAAACAUUGUUUCCAAGGGAAGAUGAAGUGGUGUUAAUUCCAGGAUACAAGGUGCGUGACAAGGUCACCAUAAAACAAACCUCAAAGACUGAGGAGUAA